AUGGUAAUUAUAAUUAUUCGUUUUAUUUUAAGUGAUUGUAUGUCAACACAAUUAUUUAAUUCAUCAGAUCUUUUAGGUUAUUCUAUCUUAUUCUUAGAUAGUUGUGUAAGUGCAACAAAGAAUGGAACAUCAGGAAAUGAAGUAAUUUCAACAUUGCUUUCAAAUAAGCCAAUUUGUGAUUCAUUAUUUGGUAUUGCAAUUAAAGCAUUUCCAAUGACACCAGAACCAUCAUUGAUGUUAAUAGGGUCAAUGUGUUAUUCACUUGAAGCAAGUUUUGCACCAUAUUGUCUUCCAUUAAUUCCAAAAACGGUAGAAUGGUUAAAUAGUGAAUUACCACCAAACAUAUACAAAUUGUUAUGUGAACUUGUAGGUGAUAUUAGUAUAACAAUACAAAAAGAGUUUGAACAAUAUGCAAGUAACUAUUUAGAGUUAAUUCUUAGAAUAUUUAAAAAGCCAUAUUUAACAUUUGGGGAUAAAACAGGUAUUAUUCAAGUAAUUGGAGAUAUCAUAGCAACAUGUCCUAAAGAAAGUCAA